AUGGUCUUUGUGCGGUGGCAGAACAACGUGAUUUUGGUCAUCCAGUGGGAGCACUUCUGGUAUUCCUUGGCCUGGCUUCUGUUUCUUCAGCUCUGGUUCUUGCUGCUGUGGAGAUGGUCCCUGGCCAUCAUCGCCGCGCUCCUGCUGAUGAAGCGGACCUGGGACCUGCGCCCGGCGGUGGCGCCGCUGGCCCCGGAGCUCCGCACGGAGCCGCUGGAGGCGCCCUGGCGGCGCCGCGCCGCACAGAGGAGGCACACCACCGAGAGCUCACUCGGGGAGCCGCCGGAUUUGGUGAUUUGGGAGGCCGAGCGCAGAUUCAUGUUUGGUGGCUUCAGCGCUGACUACUUGAUCGACGGCUUCGACCAGCCGCAGUGGGUGGAUGGCUACGGCCACGAGUGUGGUGGCCCGCAGGCCAUUAUCUUCCUGGGUGGCCAAAGAUUUCGCUACCAGUGGAAGGUGGUUGUUAACGCAGAUACCGAUGAAAACGGCUGGCAAUACGCCUUUGCCUUUACUCAAGAUGCCCAGUGGCGUCACACUAUGGACACAGUCCAGACCUGGGUGCGGCGGCGCCAGCACCAUGGGCGCUGCCUACUUGGCUCGGAGCCCGCGGAGUCGGAGACCUUUGCCUUCGACGCCUCCCCGGAGGCCAAAGCCGUGGAGUCCUCGCUGACGGAGAACGACCAGUUGAACCAGUACAUCCGCCUCUACCUGUCCAUCCGCAAUGAUGUGGAUUUUGUGCUUGGCAUUUUGGAGAAGCACAAGAUGAACCUCCUCACCUGGAAGGAUCGGCAGGUGUCGACCAUUGUGACCUGGCUCUUGGCGGCGAUCCUUCUGAUCUGCUGCCUCGUGCCCACGAGGGUGAUUUUUGCCGGGAUCAUCGGCUUCACCUUCUACAUCGGCAGCUUGAUGGGCCACAGGAAGCGCGGGCACCGCCGGGACUUUCUCCGGGAAUUGGCCAAGCUGAGCAACAGCAAGCGGGAGUACCAUGGGCGCGAGAACUGGUCGGUGCUAGAGGAGAAUGGGGUGACCCGGCUUUUGCUGCGAGACUGGUGCAACGCAAGCUACAAGACACAGUUCAACCUGAAGAACCUUGGCGCAGUUGGCAGACCUGGCGGUGCAGGCCUCCCCACACAUCCAGCCGCCCAAGCGCUACAGAUCCUGGCACUCGGAGACGUGUACGGGAAUUUCCUGGACCAUGUGCCCUCGGACAGCACGGAUUACGACACCAGCUGCAUUUGCUACAAGCUCCACGGCCCCCUACCAGAGGCUGAAAGGCCGAUCAUGGACCUUGCGUCUCCGCAAAGGCACAGGGACGAGCCGAGGGUGCCGGCGACAGCACCCCUGGGGCUGACUGAAGCCGCGCAGAGUUUGUCGCGUCGCCGCUCUGCGACGCCGACAGCACGGGUCGCAAAGGCGACGACGCCACAGGUGGCGGCCGCUGUCGUUGAGACGCUGAACACGCACAGCAUCGAGCAGCUUUACACCAUCCCCGGCAUCGGUCCGGUCAGCGCAAACAAGAUCCUUAUCAAGCGCCGCGGAGGUGGCUUCGGCGACUUAGCCGACGUGUUCCAAACCUUGGGCAACCCAGUGGGCACCAAGAUCGUCAGGAGCCUCGCUCAAUGA